AUGGCUAACAUCACCACUGGGCACGGCCACCUUACUGCUACUCCUCCUUCGACUUUGACCGCUAUCUCAAGCACUCCAACACCUCCGCCUCUAGGUCACUUUGGCAAGGCUUUCCAUGCCCAUGAUACCCGAGAUACAUGUUGGAUUAUUGAUUCAGGAUAUACUGACCAUAUGACGUAUAAUUUUGCUUUAUUCUCUACUACUCUUCUGCCUCAUCGUGAUCAUGUUCUAACUGCUAAUAAUGCUUCUGCCUCAUCGUGA